CCCUCCUCAUAUCCUCCCUAAUGCAGGUCCCACUAUUAAGUUCUUACAAUGCUAAAACGAUCUGCGCUAGACCGUCAACACAAAACCAAUAGUCUCAUCUGGUUAUUGGCCUUCAUUUGUGCCUUCAUUGCAACCCUCAUCAUCGUUGCCGGUAUCAUUGUUUUUGUAGGAUACCUUGCUAUCCGUCCCAAAGUUCCUCGCCUCUACGUCCAUUCAGCUCGUCUAGACAAUUUUAUCUACAGCCAAGCAGGCGUCCUUGCUGUUCGCUUAACUCUUAUUGUAAAAGCGGAAAAUCAUAACAUGAAAGCACAUGUUAGUUUCUACGACACAAGACUAAUACUUGGGUACCACGGGCUCAGCAUUGCUGAGCUCGUGGCAGACCCUUUUGAAGUGAAGAAGAAUUCGACCAUGGAGUUGAGUUAUGUUGUGGAAUCGUCGCCUAUACCGUUGGAGAAAGAGGAACAAUACUUGACCGAGCAGUCGUUAGCAAGGAAUAAAAUGAUGCCAUUUUUCGUGAAAGGGACUUCGAGGGUCAGAUGGAGAGUUGGCCCGUUGGGAUCGGUUAAGUUCUGGGUUCAUAUCAAAUGCUAUUUAUAUCUGCCGAUUAAUGCUAGUGUUGUCUACCCACAUUGUAGCACCAAAUCACAUUGACUGUUUAUAGAAGGUGAGUUUGUUUAUUAUUACAUGUACAAGUUAUUGAUAAUAAGUUUUUUAGAUUAUAUUUUUUGAGUUAUAGAUAUAUUUUGUGUAAGUUGCAUAAACAUACACUUG